AUGCAGGGGGGCGGCUGCGGGCUGAGCCCUCCCCUCUACAGCGCCUCCCUCCUGUCCCUGGGGGUUUUGUUGAGCGCCUUGUUUGCUUUGACCCAAGUGGAAGCUGCAAUUGAUGAAGAACAAUAUUCUGUUAAAGUAAUUAAAAAGAAUUACAUUUAUGGCAACAUCAAACAUCAAGUGACCAUUUAUGUUAAAGUGUAUACAAAUAGUCCAUUUCUAGUAUGCAUGGAUUUGGCACUUUCUCAAAAAGAAGUAAUAGAUCCAAACUAUUUAUGGAUUGGACCAGAUGGAAAGAAUCUAAAAGGACAAAGAUAUAUCAAUCUCACGGAAACAGGAAAACUGAUGGUGAGAGGUUUUCAGGAAUCUAUGUCUGGAUCUUAUACUUGCACUCUUUCUUAUAAAACCAUCAAAACUGACAUACAAGAAGAGAGAGAAAAAUUUAAGACAUAUAAAUUUAUGGUUUAUGCAUAUCGGGAGCCUGACUACACAUACCAGAUAUCUGUUCGGUUUACUACAAAAGAGUGCAGACUAGCAGCUAAUGGUCAAUUCUUUGAAGAGCUGAAGAAAAUCUUGAAUGAUUUAAUCUCUGAUUUGACAUGUCAUGUUAUAGAACCAUCAUACAAAUGUCAUGUCAUCAAGAUGCCAAAACAUGGCCUCCUGGAUGAGCUAUUUGUUACUUUUCAAGUAAAUCCUUUUGCCCCAGGAUGGGAAGCAGUUUGCCAACAGAUUUCUUAUGACUGUGAAGAUGUAACCAACAGAAGAGUUCAGGAGGCAAGAGAUCUCAUUGAAGAAUUUUUCCAUAAACAAACAUAUGUUCUGAAGCACGAGUUUCGGAAUGUACCUGCAAUACAUUAUAUAGACCAUAGCUUUGAAGUUACUCGCAUUGACAGCUGUCGUCCAGGUUUUGGAAAAAAUUAUGACACCCACAAUGACUGCGCUAGCUGCUGUGUGGUUUGUGACCCUGGAACAUACAGCCCGAACAAUGAAGUGAGAUGUCGGAUUUGUACAAGCAUUCGAAUCAAACACUAUGGAGCAAAAUCUUGCUAAUAAACUUAAAAUAGAAAUUGGAAAACUGAAGAAAAGUUGUGAAAGCAUUAUUAUUCUUUUGUGAUGUCUGUUUUUUUUUACCUCCAAACCUGGGGCUCUUAUAUUUCAAUAGCCAAUCCUCUCAAGAUUGAUAUAACUACAUUUUCUGUAUUCAGGAGCCACUUGUGGAUAGAGAUUCUAAAAAAUGUCUAGUAUAAAAUGUUCAUACCGGGGAGAGUAAUUCAAUGGAAAACAAAGAAUGCAAAGAAAAUUAUGAGUAUUAAUAUGUGGUUUUUACAGAAAAGUCUCUGAUUUGUGGUAUUGACACUGAACACCGCAUAGCACUGUAAUUUAAAUAAAUGAAGGAGACAUAAACAAUUGAUGGAGAAGUGAUUUAUAGUAUAGUGGAAUGAUUGUAGAAGCAUACUAAUGUGUUAUAAUGCU